GUGACGCGCAGGGUGGUGCGUGAGGGAGUGAGGGGUAGAGGGUGGGGCUGGGUUUAGAAGGAGACCUGGGGGCCGAGGCCGCCUCGCGACGCCCAUCUGCCAGCUUUUAUCGCUCCAUCGAAUCUGAGGAGCGAAGGCGACCUCGGCCUCCAGCGUCUCCGACGGGCUGAAGCGGCGGUGGCGGCCGGGAUGGCGCUGCUGGGCCUUCUGCAGGCAGGCGGGUCGGUGCUGGGGCAGGCGAUGGAGAAGGUGACAGGCGGCAGCCUCCUGUCCAUGCUUUUGAUCGCCUGCACUUUCACCCUCAGUCUGGUCUACCUGCUCCGCCUCGCCGUCGGCCACCUAGCCCAGCUGCCGGCCGGGGCGAAAAGUCCACCUUAUAUCUUCUCUCCAAUUCCAUUCCUUGGACAUGCGGUAGCAUUUGGGAGAAGUCCAAUUGAAUUCUUAGAAAACGCAUAUGAGAAGUAUGGACCAGUAUUUAGCUUUACCAUGGUAGGCAAGACCUUUACUUAUCUUCUGGGGAGUGAUGCAGCUGCACUUCUUUUUAAUAGUAAAAAUGAAGAUCUGAAUGCAGAAGAUGUCUACAGUCGUCUGACAACGCCUGUGUUUGGAAAGGGAGUUGCAUAUGAUGUGCCUAAUCCGAUUUUCUUGGAGCAGAAGAAAAUGUUAAAAAGUGGCCUCAACAUAGCCCAUUUUCGACAGCAUGUUUCUAUAAUUGAAAAAGAAACAAAGGAAUACUUUGAAAAUUGGGGAGAUAGUGGAGAAAAAAAUUUGUUUGAAGCUCUUUCUGAGCUAAUAAUUUUGACAGCCAGCCAUUGUUUACACGGAAAGGAAAUCCGAAGUCAGCUCAACGAGAAGGUGGCCCAGCUGUACGCAGAUUUAGAUGGAGGUUUCAGUCACGCGGCCUGGCUGUUGCCUGGCUGGCUGCCCUUACCAAGUUUCAGACGCAGGGACAGAGCUCACCGAGAGAUCAAGAAUAUUUUCUAUAAGGCUAUCCAGAAACGCAGACAAUCUGAGGGAAAAGUUGAUGACAUUCUCCAAACUUUACUAGAGUCUACAUACAAAAAUGGGCGUCCUUUGACAGAUGAUGAAGUAGCAGGGAUGCUGAUUGGCUUGCUCUUGGCAGGACAGCAUACAUCCUCAACCACCAGUGCUUGGUUGGGCUUCUUUUUGGCUAGAGACAAAAUGCUUCAAGACAAAUGUUAUUUAGAACAGAAAACAGUGUGUGGAGAGGAUCUGCCUCCUUUAAAUUAUGACCAGCUCAAGGAUCUUAGUUUACUUGAUCGUUGUAUUAAGGAAACAUUAAGACUUCGACCUCCUAUAAUGACCAUGAUGAGAAUGGCCAAAACGCCCCAGACUGUGGCAGGGUAUACCAUUCCUCCAGGUCAUCAGGUGUGUGUGUCUCCUACUGUCAACCAAAGACUUAAGGACUCAUGGGUAGAACGCUUGGACUUUAAUCCUGAUCGCUAUUUACAGGACAACCCAGCAUCAGGAGAGAAGUUUGCCUAUGUGCCAUUUGGAGCUGGGCGUCAUCGUUGCAUUGGGGAGAACUUUGCCUAUGUUCAAAUCAAGACAAUUUGGUCCACUAUGCUUCGUUUAUAUGAAUUUGAACUCAUUGAUGGAUAUUUUCCCACUGUGAAUUAUACAACCAUGAUUCACACCCCUGAAAGACCAAUUAUUCGGUACAAACGAAGAUCAAAAUAAAAAAAAGGUGGCAAGAACUAAUGUGUGAAACAUCACUGUCAGCUGCAAAGCAUUUGAAGAUAAUGAAGUUUACAA